UGAAAUAAUCCGUUUCUGUUUUCUCCUCCAGCUCGUCGUACGAUCAGAAGACGGGUAUGAAGAUCGCUGUGAAGAAGCUCUCCCGGCCUUUCCAGUCCUUUAUCCACGCCAAGAGAACCUACAGAGAGCUACGGCUGCUCAAGCACAUGAAGCAUGAGAAUGUGAUCGGGCUUCUAGAUGUUUUCACACCUGCUACUAGUCUGGAGGAGUUCAAUGAUGUGUACCUGGUGACCCACCUGAUGGGGGCGGACCUCAACAACAUAAUCAAGUGUCAGAAGCCGACAGACGACCAUGUGCAGUUCCUCAUAUACCAGAUCCUCCGGGGGUUAAAGUAUAUCCACUCAGCAGAUAUCAUUCACAGAGACCUGAAACCCAGCAACCUGGCUGUGAAUGAGGACUGUGAGCUGAAGAUUCUUGACUUUGGGCUGGCGCGGCACACAGACGAUGAGAUGACUGGUUACGUUGCCACUCGCUGGUACAGGGCCCCAGAGAUCAUGCUAAACUGGAUGCAUUACAACAUGACAGGUACAGUAGCUAGAGAUCUGAUGUAUUACAUCAUGACAGAGACAGUAGCUAGAGAUCUGAUGUAUUACAUCAUGACAGGUACAGUAGCUAGAGAUCUGAUGUAUUACAUCAUGACAG